AAGCUUGAUGUUCCAUAGGGUUUAUCAAAAACCCAAAAUCAGAAACCCUCGUAUUUGACGUUUUCAGCCUCCGCCAUCACCAUGAGUCUAAUUGCAGGCUCCUAUGAGAAAUUUAUCUGGGGUUUCAAGCUCAAACCCUUAAAACACAGCGAUUCACAGGAAACCUUAACUCUAACCCCACUUUUCUCCUACCCUGCCCACCUCGCCCCCAUCACCACAGUAGCCGCCGCCGGCCCUGCCGCUGCAUCCGGCUCUUCCGACGAUACCAUUCACAUAUACGACAUUCCUUCCGCCUCCUCCCUUGGCUCCCUCCACCAACACACCUCUUCUAUUACCUCUCUUUCCUUCUUCACCCCUCCCUCCCUUUCCUUUCCCCGCAACCUCCUCUCUGCCGCUGCUGAUGGCUCCGUCUGCAUCUUCGAUGCCGACCCCUUUGUCCAUUUGAAGACAGUAUGGGCUCACAAGAAGGCUGUGAAUGACUUGUCCGUACAUCCAUCUGGGAAGUUGGCGCUUACGGUGGGAAGGGACGAAUGUUUGGCGAUGUUGAAUUUAGUGAGGGGAAGGAGGAGCUUUUAUUGUAGGCUGGGGAAGGAGGCGAGUUUGGUGAAGUUUGAUUUGGGUGGAGAGAGAUUUUUUAUGGUGACAGAAGAGAAGGUUGGGAUUCAUCAGGCUGAAGAUGCCCGGUUGGUGACUGAACUCGAGUGUAGGAAACGGAUUCUUUGUGCUGCUCCUGGAGAGAAUGGACUUCUGUUUGCUGGUGGUGAGGACCGGAACAUUACAGCUUGGGAUACAAACAGUGGGAAGCUUGCAUAUUGCAUUGAGGAUGCACAUUCUACCCGUGUGAAAGGUAUUGUUGUGCUUACUAGGAAUGAUGGUGAUGUGAAUGAUCCAUAUUUAUUGGCAUCAGCAUCAUCAAAUGGAGUUAUACGAGUUUGGGAUGUUCGCAUGGCUGUGAAGGAGAAGCCAAAUCCAUUGGCUGAGGUCAACACAAAAUCAAGGCUCACUUGUCUUGCUGGAUCAUCUCUUAAAUCUCUUAAAAGACCACAGGUGGGAAACAGCAAUCCAACAGAAAAGCAUGACACAGCUGGGGAAGGAUCACAAGAAUAAUGAAUGCAGAAUGGAUAUACCUGUGGGCGGAUCACCAGAGUAAUGAAUCCUGAAUGUGGGAACUUCCAUAUUUCUGGGUGUGACUAGAAACAAAAUUCCUAAUGGAGCCGUGUACUUUGAUGGUUCCACCUAUCAAAAACUACAAUUUUGACAGGAGGAAAAGCUUGUUAAUGUUAUUUUUUUUAGGAGUAUGUCAUACUUGUUAGUGAUAUACAAAACCAUCUGUGUAUCUUUGAUAUUUGUUGAACGUUCUGAUAUAUACAAGAAGAUCUUGUUUUCCCAA